AUGGAUACACUUUUUUGCUCACGGCGAGGACUAGCUUGGUGGGUCGGCAGCGCGUCCCGAGCCUGCUUGCUGGACCUUAGCUUUUGCUGCAGUUUGGCAGCUAGGUCGUAUUCUGAGCCUAACCGUGAGCUUUGGUGGCCGUCACCGGGUGGUGGCUAUUACCGUGGUGGUUGCCAGUUGUUGCUAGCGGAGGAGCUAUGGUGCACCAUGACCUAUUGGACAAGUUGCCGCUCGGCUCGGGACAAGGGCUGCAAAUUGCGUGCAAACAUUUUCACAAAACCUUUAUCUACUGCCAAACAUGUUUUUCUUCACGACAAGCUUACAGUGUGCUCUCCCCCUUUCAGCUUGAGGGAGGCUAAAGGCAAUAACUAG